AUGCAUAGGUUUUCUCUACGUGGGAUUUCAGCGGUGCCGGGUUCUGGAAUGGACGCAGCUGAACGAUCCCCUGAUUCCCUUACCUCGCCUGUUCAUACAGGCGACGAUGUCAACGUCUUGGACUUAGAAGACGAGGAAGUAGAUGCCAGGACAAUGAGUCCGAGGAGGAAUAGUGAAGAGAUGGAAAGAUUUGCCUCGGAGGCGAAAGAAAGGCUAGAAAAGCAAGCUAAACUUUUACAAGAAUCUCUCCUCGCUCUCUUGGACCGUGUCGACAAAGUCCGGGAAGAGCACGACAAACUAGAAGGAGAAAACAAGUUCCUCCAGGACUAUAUUGGCCACCUGAUGCAAACUAGCAAGAUAACGGGUUCUGGUGGCCUGAAAUCAUCGAGUAACAGGGGCAAAUAA